AUGCGGGCCGCGCGCUUAGUAGCGCGCAUGUGCUUGGGUGCGGGCUACCCGGCUGCCCCGAGCCGGCCCGGAGCGUGUCCGCUCCCAGUGGCGGGCGGCCGGAGCGAGGGAGCGGACAUGGACUUCGACUCGUACCAGCACUAUUUCUACGACUAUGACUGCGGGGAGGAUUUCUACCGCUCCACGGCGCCCAGCGAGGACAUCUGGAAGAAAUUCGAGCUGGUGCCGUCGCCCCCCACGUCGCCGCCUUGGGGCUCGGGUCCCGGCGCCGGGGACUCGGCCCCUGGAAUUGGUCCCCCGGAGCCGUGGCCCGGAGGGGGCGCCGGGGAUGAGGCAGAAUCUCGGGGCCAUUCAAAAGCUUGGGGCAGGAACUACGCCUCUAUCAUCCGCCGCGACUGCAUGUGGAGCGGCUUCUCAGCACGGGAAAGGCUGGAAAGAGCGGUGAGCGACCGGCUCGCCACCGGCGCGCCCCGGGGAAACCCACCCAAGGUGCCGGCCGCCCCGGACUGCGCUCCCAGCCUCGAAGUCAGCAACCCGGUGCCCGCUGCGCCCUGUCCAUUGAGCGAGCCCAAGACCCAGGCCUGCUCGGGGUCCGAGAGCCCUAGCGACUCGGAGGGUGAAGAAAUUGAUGUGGUGACAGUGGAGAAGAGACAGUCCCUGGGCGUACGGAAGCCAGUCACCAUCACAGUGCGAGCAGACCCAUUGGACCCCUGCAUGAAACACUUCCACAUCUCCAUCCAUCAACAGCAACACAACUAUGCCGCCCGUUUUCCUCCAGAAAGCUGCUCCCAAGGAGGGGCUCCAGACAGAGGUCCCCAAGAAGAGGCUCUGGAGAGAGAUGCUCCAGAGGAAAAGGAAGAUGAGGUACAUGAAGAGGUUGAAAGCCCCCCGCCUACAGAAAGUGAGGCUCCCCAGGCCUGCCACCUCAAACCUGUCAGUUCUGACACUGAGGAUGUGACCAAAAGGAAGAACCACAACUUCCUGGAGCGCAAAAGGCGGAAUGAUCUCCGUUCAAGGUUCUUGGCCCUGAGGGACCAAGUACCCACCCUGGCCAGCUGCUCCAAGGCUCCCAAAGUGGUGAUCCUGAGUAAGGCGUUGGAAUACUUGCAAGCCCUGGUGGGGGCCGAGAAGAGGAUGGCCUCGGAGAAAAGACAGCUCCGAUGCCGGCAGCAGCAACUGCAGAAAAGAAUCGCAUACCUCAGUGGCUACUGACUGACCAAAAAGCCUGACUGCUCUGUCUUACAAAGACCUAAGUUUAUUUUUUAACCUCCCCUCUCCCCUUUAGUAAUUUGCACAUUUUGGUUACGGUGGGACAGUCUGGACAGUAAAUCCCAGGAUGUUUUGCAGCCGGUGCACACAAUAAGGGCUUGCAUUCUUGGAAACCUGGAAACCCAGCUCUCCCUCUUCCCUGACUCACGGGAGCACUGUCUUCUCUGGCGCCUUUGGCUUCUCAGGCAGGCAGCUGACUAAGGAGCCUUGGGGUCUGCCUAGCUCACUAGCUCUGAAGAAAAGCCUGACAGAUGCUAUGCAACAGGUGGUGGACGUUGUUGGGGCCUCCAGCCUGCAUGAAAUCUCACACUCCGGAUGAGCUCUAGGCUGGGAAAGGAUGCUCCCACUGGUGUCUCUGGUGAUGCUGGGACAGCUGGGCCUGGACGCUCUCCCUGAGGCUCCUUUUUCCAGGAGACACACGAGCUGUCUUGGGUGAAGACAAGCUCUCAGACUUGA